AUGAUCCGUUCUCGUGAUCGUUAUAGCCGAGAUUAUGGACGUGACUACGAUCGUGAUUAUGGUCGUGACCGUUAUGGUGGUGGUGGUGGCGGUUACCGACGAACUCAUCGUUAUGCUGAUGGACGAGACAAUCCCGAGCCUGGUCCAUGCCUUGGUGUUUUUGGGAUGAGUCUGCAUACAAGUGAACGUGAUUUGCGCAAACUUUUUGGCGAAUACGGUGAGAUUGAGUCCGUUCAGAUUGUUUACGAUCGAUUCUCUGGACGUUCACGUGGUUUCGGAUUUGUUUACUUUACGAGCACUAAGGAUGCCACACGCGCAAAAGAUCAUUUAAUGGACACAGUUAUUGAUGGAAUGAAAGUCCGAGUUGAUUAUUCUGUCACUCGUGGAGGAGGACCUUAUCGUCACAAUCGUAAAAGUUCGCGAAGUCCUGUUCGCUAUAAUAGUCGCAGUCGCAGCCGUUCUUAA